AUGGGUUUGCAAGGCACUGGCUUUCUCCUUCAGUGUUACCUGAUGCUGGCUGCUGCCAUGUUUUUUCAUCUUGGAGUGCAGGAGGAGAAAUGCAUCAUUGAGGAGAUUCCUGAAGACACACUAGUGACCGGCUUUUUUCUUUUGGAGCCUUGGGAUGUGAAGGCGUUAUCAAAAUUACCUCAACUUGGCCUCACUGUGACAGUAAAAGAUUCAAACAGUGAGAUUGUUUUGUCCAAGCGAUAUGGGAAAUUUGGUAAAUUCACCUUCACAGCUCACACUUCUGCUCAGCAUCUUCUUUGCUUUAAAACAAACUUGACAAGUUUUUCUGUCUUUGCCCGUGAACGUCUGAAGCUACAUUUGGAUGUACAAAUGGGAGAGUUCACAGUUGGUCACAAUACUGAUAGGACCAAGGACAGCAUGGAGGCCCUGGAGAACAGUCUUAGACACCUGACGGAGCAGAUGAUUCACAUUACCAGGCAGCAGGAGUUCCAAAGAGAGAAGGAGGAGGUAUUUCGUCAGAUCACUGAGAACACCAACAGCAAAGUGUUGUGGUGGGCUGCAGUGCAGACCUCCAUUCUGCUGGUGGUUGGUUUCUGGCAGAUGAAAAGACUCAAAGACUUCUUCAUCGAGAAGAAACUGGUCUGAUGAACAACUUUGACCAGCCUCAUUGUUUUUACUUUUAUUUCACACACCCGUACCAGUGAAGUUUGAGUGCUGUAGGGCUGCAAUGCUUAAUAAAAAGGCCAGUUUUUACCAAACAGCUGGUGCAAUGCUCUAGAGUAUGGUGUUUAAGACUAUUGUAUAUACAGUUGUGGUAUGAA